AUGUCUGCUUAUCGUAGAGGUAAAGUUAUGGCCAUGAGAUGGAAGGAUAAAAAAGAUGUUGUUCUACUCUCCACAGUUCACAAUAGUGAUGAAGUUGAAAUUGCGAGUAGGAGAGGUACGAAAAAGAAGCCCAAAGUUGUAGUAGACUAUAACCACACAAUGGGUGGUGUGGAUAAGUUGGAUCAAAACUUGGCAAAUUAUCCUGUUCCCAGGAAAAGAACAAAAAAAUAUUACAAAAAAGUUUUCUUCCAUCAUCUAGAUCUAGCCCUUUGGAAUGCAUAUCAGUGUUUCAAGAUGAGUAAUGAAAAUUGCUGUUCAUCUCUCAAAUUCAGGUUGGAAAUAAUUGAUUCAACUCUGAAGAAGUAUCAUGCUGAAAUCCCUCAAACAAGACCAGGUAGACCAUCUAUUUCAGCGAAUCCUACCCGCUAUUCAGGAAGGCAUUUUCCAAUUGACAUUCCUCCUACACCCAAAAAGAAAUUUCCUACAAGGCAAUGUGUUGUUUGCUCUAAGAAAAGGGAUAAUAAUGGAAAACCGAUCAGACGAGAGUCUCGCUACAUGUGUGAGAUAUGUGAAGUUAGUCUGUGUAUACCCCCUGCUUCAAAUCAUACCAUACAAAAUGAUUGGGAAAUACACUGGUUUAUGUGA